AUGCAGCCCUCCGACGACAGCCAGAAGAUCCACCUCGAGCACCUAGAGGGCCUAAACGACGACUCCAUCAUCUCCUACGCGACAAUGCACUUCCCACUGGAAGAACCGACCAUCGAAUGGACCGACGAGUCCUCUGCCGAUCUAUGCUAUUCGUCUGCAGAGGUUGGAAAACACGCCCUGGAAGCCUUUACACACGAUGCGAAAACUUUGGAGGAUGGCGAUCACUUAACCGCAGAGAUCCCAGAUCUAAGGCCACGGUCGGGCGUCCAGAGACAUUCCGUGGAAGAACCGACGCCCCGGAUCUUGAUUCCCAGAUAG